AUGGAAGAUGCUAUUAGGGAAAUAGAAGAACGUGACGGUAUUAGACUCACCUGGAAUGUUUGGAGUACAAAAACCAGUGAAUCAUCUAAAAUACCUAUAGCUUGUAUGUAUAAUAUACACCAACAGACCAAUAGCUUAGAGUGUGAACCUAUUUAUUGUUUAUCAUGUAGAUCAAUUUUAAAUUUUUGUUGUUCUAUUGAUUAUGGUAGACAGACAUGGAAUUGCGUAAUAUGUGGAACUAGAAAUAAUUUACCAAGUCAUGCAAAGGAUAUUUCACCUGACAAUAUUUUGCCGGAAAUGAGUGAAGAGAAUUCUACUGUUGAAUACGUUCUUUGCAAAGAAUCUUUGUUUCCGCCAGUAUUUUUUUUUAUUGUCGACACAUGUUCUUUUGACGAAGCUCGACAUAAAAUUCUUAUUAAUGCCUUAAAGGUUAUGUUUUCAGAAAUACCAGAUGAUUGUCUUAUUGGAUUUAUUAAGUUUGGUACUAAUAUUGAACUUAUAGAAAUUAAUAAAACCUCACCAAGGAGGACAUAUCUCUUUUCUGGACAGGUAGAAUAUACACCAAAAACAUUAAUUAAUUUAGACAGUUUGUCUGUCAAAGGAGCUUCUACUAUUUUAGGGAAGUUUUUAGUACGUAAGGAUGAAUGUAAAGAUUUUGUUUUUGAUUUAAUUAGUAAUUUACCACAAGAUCCUUUUCCUGUAGUAGAUGCUUAUAAACCAAUAAGAUGUACUGGUUCUGCCGUUUCUCUGGCUGUUUCUUUAUUAGAAGGAAAUUUUAAUAAUUCCGCUGUUAAAUAUUUACUGUUUACACAAGGGGCAUGUACUUUAGGGCCGGGGACUGUUACAUCGAUUAAAUAUAAGGAAAAAGGUAAAAAUGAUAAUGUUGAUGAAAAUGAUGCAGUUUACGAUAAAGCUGCACUAAAAUAUUAUACGGAUUUGGGAAAUAGAAUUAUUGAUUUAGGACAUGGACUAGACAUUUUGGCUUGUACAAUUGAAGAUAUAGGAAUCAAUCACAUGGAAAAAUUAACGUCUUUAACGGGUGGAAUGCUAAUUAUGGCACAAGAUUUUAAUGAAGAAAUAUAUGUUACAUCAUGUGAAAAGAUUAUGGCUAAAAAUAAUAACAUUCUUUUGCAAGGAUUUAAUGGAAAAGUAGUUGUUAAAACUAGUAAAAAUUUAGAAUAUAAAGGUAUAUUAGGAAUGGGAAAGAAACAUAAUGUACAUUGGAAACUAGGAAGUCUAUUUCCAAAUACUAAUAUAACUUUACUUCUAUCACAAACGAGUGAAGUAAAACAUGAAGAUUUUGGAUAUGUACAAAUAGUCACACAAUAUCAAAGGUCUGACAAGAAAUUAGUUGUUAGAGUUACAACUUUUGCUAGGAUGUUUUCUGAAAACAAAAAUGAGUGUAUAAAUAGUUUUGAUCAAGAAGCGGCUACUGUUUUUCAAGCUAGAUUUUUGUUGCUUAAGAAUUACGAUGAAGUAAAAGAUUGUGAAAGAAUGAUUGAAAAAAAUUUAAUAAGAUUUGUCAAAUCCUAUGGUAAUUUUUCUAAAGGGAUACCAGGGUCUCUUGUCCUUCCUGAUUCUAUGUCAUAUUAUCCCAAUUUUAUGUUCUUUUUUAAGAGAAGCCUGUUAGUUCAAACAGAGGAUGUUUCUAAAGAUGAAGCUGUUUAUUUUAAAAAUUUAUUAUAUCGUGAGAAGGUUGAUGAAGCACUAAAGAUGAUAAAACCUGCUUUAAUAUCAUAUCAUUAUGAAAGUGGCAUAAUGCCCGUUGAAUUGGAUACUAAGUCUAUACAGCCCGAUGUUAUUUUAGUCCUUGACACUCUUCAUAACGUUGUAGUAAGUCGUGGAAGUUAUGUAGCAAGUUGGAUAAAAGAAGGAUUACAUGAGCAAGAAGAAUACUUAUCUUUAAAAGAGGUUAUUGAACAAUCUGAAGAGUUUGCAAGAGAACUUUGUCUUAGAUUACCUACCCCUCAAUUUUGUAUUACUGAAGAAAAUAAAUCUCAACAACGUAUUCUUCAUCAUUAUGUCAACCCAUCAGCCAGUGGUGUGGUAAUUACUGAAAAUAUUAGUUAUGAUAAAUUUUUUGAUGCUCUAUCUCGAGUAGUAGUUAACAGUGACGAAUAA